AUGCACAGCCUAAUCCGCGAACAGCUCCAAUCGUUCCUUUAUUCGUAUAAGAAGCCGACAAGAGAGGAAGGGCUUCCGGUGGUGUAUGAUGCAGCUGAAGAUCAUGCUGAACGCAAACAAAUCGCUUAUCGGGAUGCGGUGGAAAAGCUGGAAGUUGCGAAGCGUAUGAAAGUCGGGUUUGCCGUUCGAGCAAAUCGAGAUUACGAUGGAGCCCUCGACCGUCACAGCCCUCUGAUUGACAAGACGAUCUCAUUCCACAAAUCCCAAUUCUUGCAUAUUCAUGCCAGGUAUUCCCCGGAAUGGUGGAUCGGGCGGAUUGUGGAGAAAAAGGGCAAAAUGGGCUUCAUCCCGACGGCCAGACGAUUGGGAAGGAUGGAGAAGAAGAUUGUUGAUGAGGAUGGGGGGAGGAUUGGCCCCUCAUCCAUCUGGGAAUGCCCGGCCCCAUAUACCGUAGUCCCCUCUUCGAGACCCGUCCUCUUCAUCGGUCCAGCCUUUCAUGGCUCACAGAAGCUGCAAACGGAUAUUGGGAGGAAAUAUUUGGGGAGAACGGAUUACGAGGAGAAUGAAAAGGAGUUGAAGGCGAUCACGAUUCUGGCUGAGGACUUGAAGAUUUUGCUACUUGAAGCUCCGCAUAUUAAUACGCCUAUGGACCUAAAAGACAUCCACCUGGCCCCCAUCAUCGUCCAGAUUCGAGUCAGCAACAGAAGUGUGCUGAUGCGGUUGAUGAACAAGACGGGCAUCGGGGCCAACAACAAAAAGACCGAACUUGCCGGUGUUGAUGCGCUUAGCGGCCUAUCCCGUGACCUUGUCGAUGUGAUCAUUGAGGAAAAAGGGCUAGCCGAGGCGACAAAAAGGAUGUGCUCCUACCUGGAGGACUACUGGGCGGCCACUCAUCCACAGUGGCAAGAACUA